AUGGUGUGCAAGGGCAAGAGGAACAGUGUUGCUGGCCGCAGGUCUUGGUGGGCGAAGCUGCAGUUUUUCCACGGGCGCCUGCCAUCGUCCUGCACGCCGAGGCACACCGUGUUCUUCCUGAAGACGCACAAGUGCGCCAGCUCAACGGUGCAGAAUUUGCUUGUUCGCUACGGGGAACGGCACGGGCUGACGUUCGCGCUGCCUCCGUCCGGCGUCUACCUGGGCCACCCGGACUUUCUCAACAGAAGUAUGGCGCAGGGCACGCCCCCCUUCGACAUGCUGGUGCACCAUACGCGAUUCGAGGAGGUCGAGGCGCGGGCCCUGCUUAAGCCGGACCCCGUCUUCGUGACUAUCGUGCGAGAACCUGCGUCGCUUUUCGAGUCGCUCUAUUCGUUCUACGACCUCGAGAAAACGUAUAACGUCAGACUGGAGGAGCUGCAGGAUGCCACCAAAAACGCCUCAUUGGUCAAGAAGAUAUUUCGUACCCUACCUGGUCGGAGCGGAGGUAGCCUGGGCUUGAACCAAAUGAGCUACGACCUGGGCUUCGAUAUCGAGCAAUCGCAGAACGACAGCGCUGUGAGACACUUCAUCGAGCGAGUGGACGCCGUGUUCGACUUGGUGAUGGUGGCUGAGCGUAUGAACGAGUCCCUAGUUCUUCUGCGUCACUUGCUUUGCUGGGAUGUGAACGAUGUCAUCGUGUUCAAGCUCAACGCGCGACAGAGCGACUUGCGGCGUUCGCCGAGCGCAGAGCUGGCGGCCGAGCUACGGGCUCUGAACUCGGUAGACACGCUCCUCUACGAGUACUUCACGCAGCGCUUUGAGCGGCACGUUGAGGCAUUUGGCCGGCGUCGCAUGAAAAAGGAAGUAUAUCUUCUGGAGCGGCGGAUGAGCUUCUGGUACCAGCGGUGCGUGGAAGAGGCCAUAUCUACAAAUAACACCAAGAUCAGCUUCACACGUAAGGUGCUGUUACUGAAACCAAGAAACGCAAGCGCGUACGUGUGCAAACGCAUGACUGAGCCUGAGUUGCUGAUCACGAAACGGCUACGCAAGAAGAAACGAACCGUCGGAGCUGUGGAGCGCCUCUUACGAUGGAUAGUAUAGAAUUCACAUACGCUGACAGUUCUUUCGCAUGCUCACGCUGACCCAAAGCACGUUCUUGAUCCCUCCUUCGCCUGCCAAGCCUCCACGAGGCUUCAUUGGGACGAUAGGCUGCGCCGGAGCACUGCGUCAUGGCUGUGUGUUUAAGUUGUUUUUUAUCUUUUUCAUAACGAGUCAACAUUUUUUUUAAA